UGGGGGUUGCACAUUCCCGGAACUGCACCUUCCUAUUACUUUUUAAUUUAUUCCUUCUGUAACAUAUUUUAACAUGGAGGCAAAAAGGCCUAGAUUAUUAAAUAAACCCAAUUUCAUAACUUCCUUCAGGGUGUUAUUGUUUUGCACCUCAUUUCUGUACUAUAAGACUAAACCGCUCUACUUUUUGGGAUUCUAUGUUUCAAGUGUCGUCCUUGAUAUGGUUGAUGGUGAAGUCGCCAGGAAAUAUGGUGAAUCAACAAUUUUUGGAGCAAUGUUCGAUUCGUUAUUUGACAGGAUGACCACUGCAUUCGUCUAUAUGCACUUAGCCAUGAAAUACCCCAAAUACUUUCUCUUUUUCUAUUUUGUGCUUGUAUGGGAUGUUGUUGGUCACUGGGCUCAUAACUACGUAUGUUGCUUAUUGGGAAAUACAAACCACAAGAAAAUUGAUGGAUUCUUCCUUCUCAAGAUGUACUACGAAAAAAGACCAUUGAUGGGAACUUCCAUUGUAUGUUUUGAAACAUUUUUCCUGUCACUGUAUUACCUCACCUUCACCAAACCAGGAACCAACCUUCACAAUUUUGUACGAUUUUUGCUAUAUGGAUCACUCCCACUUGCCGCCUUCAAAGCUUUUACGAAUACGGCCCAAUUUUUUUACGCCUCAAAGCGCCUUUCUAACUAUGAAGUCGAGCAGUUUGACUUGAAAGCCGGUGCUCGUUAAGUUUCUCAUAUUUAAUGCAGUCCUUGUACAACAGUCUUACACAUUUUAAAAAACGCCUAUAUACCUUUUUUUAAUUUUAAUAUUUUUUAAUUUUAAUAAUUUAUUGCGAUUUAUC